AUGGAAGAAAAACUUAUAAGAAAUCUUAAGGACAAGAAACGAGAAGCUGACGAAAACCGAAAGAGUCUCAACAAACGCUUGAGGAAAAUUUUAAGCAAAAAUCACUGCAUGCAUGAACAACUUCAAGAUGUCGACGAGAACAAAACCAAAUCUGACGAUGCUUAUCUUAGAUCAGGAAUUUACGAUAAAUUUGGAAACUCUUGUACAGAAUCUUUAAAACAAUACGAGCCAGUGAAGCAAGAAGUUGAAGCUGAAGAUUUAACUUCCGCCAGCUGGUAUCAUAGUCGAAUAAUUGGCAAGUUUUCCGAAGAAAUUCUUCAUCACCAAAGUCCAGGAUCAUUCAUAAUUCAUAAAGCUUCACAUAAGUCUGCAAACUUUAUUUUAUCUCUUCGUGUUCCUUCCAAAACAUCCAAAGUUGUGCAUCAUCUAAUAGUUCAAUCGAAGCGAGGUUAUAGACUUAAAGGAGCAACCAAAAACUUUUCAACAAUCACUUCACUGGUCACGCAUCAUUCUGUCAUGGCUGAACAAUUACCAGUGGCACUUUCACUUCAAAGAACUUACGAUUUAGUUUAUAAAACUGUCAAUGAAGACGACUUUUCAUCGACAGAAAAUUUAGGAAUUAUUUUCACAGAUUUGGAAGUGUAG